UUCUUGAAAAAUGUUGUUGAUGCCAACGGUUGUGUUGGUAAUUUUAGGUGUUGUUCAUGUAAAAGGGAAAGUUUGGAACGAAUUUGUGGAGGAAAUCGGGGAUUAUCUAGAUACUUAUCGGGGACAUUAUUCACCUACUAAUAACGAUGAGUUUUUUAAGGUCCAAAAUGACUCAUAUGUUGAUAUAGUUGAUUACGGCUCCUACGACUUCAUAGUAGUCGGGGCGGGUGCCGCCGGGUCUGUUCUAGCGAACCGCCUCACCGAAGGAUCAUUCACCGUCUUACUCCUCGAAGCAGGAGACGAGGGCGCAGACUUCCUCACCAUCCUCGGACUCUCCACGUUCUUGACCACCUCCAAAUGGAACUGGGGCUACACCACCACCACCCAGAGCAACUCCUGCUACAAUAUGCCGAAGCAACAGUGCAGUUACCCGAGGGGUAAAGCGUUGGGCGGCAGUUCCGUGAUAAACACCGGAAUGUACGUGAGAGGCAACGCCCGCGAUUAUGACAAGUGGGAGUCCCUGGGAAACUCCGGAUGGUCCUACAAGGAUUGUCUGCCGUACUUUAAGAAGUCCGAGAGGGCCCAGUUCGAUCACGUGAUCGAUAAGGAGUACCACGGGUUCGAUGGGGUGCAGGCCGUUGGAAUACCCCCUGAUAGCGAAGGAGGACUUACCACCAAACUACUAGAGGCAGCAAAAUACAUCAACAAAUCGGUCAUAGACUAUAACGGUGCGAGCCAAGACGGUAUUGGCAGAUGCCAAUUCUAUCUGGAUUUUAACCGAAGAACGAGCGGCAACUACGCGUAUAUCCAGCCGGUGAUCAACCGCACCAACCUGAACGUGACCAUAGAGGCCCUAGUGACGAAAAUCUUACUGGAUCCAGAUCAAAAAAUGGCCCAAGGGGUGGAAUUCUAUAAGAAGGGCCAAAGGUACAUGGCGAAGGCCAACAAAGAAGUGAUCGUUUCCGGCGGGACCAUAAACUCACCCCAGCUGCUCAUGCUAUCUGGAAUUGGCCCCAAAGAAGAGCUGGACAAGCAUAACAUUGAGGUUUUUGAAGAUUUACCUGUCGGCAAGUACUUGUCUGACCAUAUGUUUUAUACAGGGGUCUGCUUUAGUACAAAUCAGACGUUUUACAAUAACUCCCUGCUGCAAAGUCUGGAGAGGUGGAAAAAGGGACUGAGGACCUUCACCGAGGGCGGCCGAAUCCAGACUGUGGGCUUCGUCAGUUUCGACGAGGAGGAGGGGGUGCCUAUGGUGGAGUUCAGUUUGGCAUUCGGGAGUAUCAAUGGAUUUAUGGAUGCGCCUCCGGACGAGCAUACUGACGCCCUCCAUACCCACGACCCCUUCACUCAAAUAUGCGCCAUAAUGCUCUUAUUGCAUCCAAAGUCUGUGGGCGAGGUCACCCUGAAGUCGAGCGAUCCAAGGGAUUUUCCAAACAUCAACCCCAAUUAUUUGACUACCCCUUAUGACUUCUUCGCUUACAACAGCGGGAUCCAGGAGGUGAUCCAACUACUCGAUUCCGAAGUCUUUAGGUCAUGGAAUGCCACACUGAACGUCCCGAGACUGCCCCAUUGCGAUAAGGAAUAUCACAAAUUAACCACCGAAUGGUGGUUUUGUACUUUGGUAGAUAUGGCUGGACCGGGGUCUCACCCUAUAGGUACGACAAGGAUGGGAACUGAUCCGAGAUACUCAGUGGUUACUCCGGAACUGAAAAUCCACGGGUGGGAGAACUUAAGGGUUGUGGAUGCCGGGGUGAUUCCCUAUCAUACCUCUGGAAACUUAAACGCCCCCACUGUGAUGAUCGCCGAGAAGAUUUCAGAUGUUAUUAAGAAAACUUGGGGCUCUUAACGGCCUUAAGGGUUGUUUUAGUUGUAAAUUUGUUAAUAAAUUAAUAUACGUUUUAAUUAA